UAUGAUAUGAAUAGAUAUACAACUAGUGAAAACCAACCAGAAGAAGUGAACCAUAUACGGUGAUAACAAGAUAGAACACACCACAACAUAUUGACAAGUGGCAAAUAUCUCAUCCAUAGAACACACUAUUUCCACAAGCCUCAUCCCCUCUCAUCUUCAUACUCAUUCAUACCCACACCACACCUUGUUUUCUUUUUCCUUCCUACCCUCUCAUCUCCAAGCACCAUUAUGGCAUCAGCAACCGCCUCCCUGACCGGCAGCAUGCCCACCAGCACCUCCCUCCUCCACCGUCACCAACCCACCACCGCCAAAACCUCCACCCUAUUCGGCCUGAAAGUGAACUCCGGCAGCGGCGGCCGUGGCGGAGUGAGGAUGAUGGCGAGCUACAAGGUGACUCUGAUCACGCCAGAUGGGAAGACAGAGUUAGAAUGCCCUGAUGACGUCUUCAUCCUUGACCAUGCAGAGGAAGAAGGUGUGGACCUGCCAUACUCAUGCAGGAACGGUUCUUGCUCCUCCUGUGUCGGAAAACUCGUCUCCGGGACCAUUGACCAAUCCGAUCAGAGCUACCUUGACGAUGACCAGAUGGCCGCAGGAUGGGUCAUGACGUGUAUGGCAUACCCUACAAGUGAUGUUGUCAUUGAGACCCACAAGGAGGAGGAAUUCGAAUAAUAACUUUUCUUAUUUUUAUUUUAUAAAAUAUGUUUUACUUUACUUUACUUUUAUGAUGACGUAAUGUCACCAGUCAUUACAUUUAUGUUAGCUUUUUGUAAUAAUUUGAUAUCAUGUACUAUGUUUCUUUCUUUAUUAAAUUUGUUUGGUGGAGAUA